AUUCUUGUUUUAUCUAUUCAAUAUACCUACUUUCUGUGUUUUUUAGUACCAAAAAACAAAAAUUAUUAAUUUUAGUUCUCAAACAUAAAUUAAACCUUCAUACAUUUUAUGAUUCUGGCUAAUAUUUGUGCGAUACGUACAUACACAUUACAUACAUCAUCAUGAAGACUACAGAGAACUUUACUGUAGAUGAUGCAUUGGAGUUCCUGCGCAAGCAGCGUGAAAGCAAUCAGAGGAAAAGUGCAGAUAUACAAAAUCUGAGUGAUCUGGUAUUAAGCAAAAUCAAUAAUUUGGGUACAGAAAAGUACAUUAUCCUCGAGCAACUUAUAAAUGCAGCUCUGGAUUAUCAUGCGUAUCAAUUGGCUAAUGAGUGGAUUACAAUGCUGGCAAAAGAGUUUCCUGGAAGCAUGCGUGUUAUGAGAUACCAAGGAAUGUUGUUUGAAGCAGCUGAGGAGUAUGACGAAGCAUUACAAAUAUAUGAUAAUAUUAUCAAAGCAGAUGAAACUAACUCAAUGGCUCGGAAACGUCGUAUUGCUAUAUUUAAAGCACAGGGCCUUAUUGCUGAAACCAUAAAAGAAUUGGUGGAUUACUUGAAAAAGUUUAUGUCUGACAUGGAAGCUUGGCAAGAGCUCUCAGAAUUGUAUCUUCAAACACAGGAUUAUUCAAAGGCAGCUUUCUGCACAGAAGAGUUGAUUCUCCAUCAGCCACACAAUCACCUCUUUCAUCAGCGUUUAGCUGACAUUAGAUAUACAAUGGGUGGUCUGGAAAACAUGGAAAUGGCUAAAACAUACUAUUGUCAAGCUUUAAAAUUGAAUCCAGACAACAUGAGAGCUUUACUUGGAUUGUUUUUAACCACCAAUAAUCUUCUGAACGGGCACAAAACCGGCGGCAAACGCAAGGAGCUGUGGAAGUUAUCUCAAUGGACCCAGGCGCAGAUCAGUCGCACGCAGCGUGAGAAGUGUGACUCCGCCGUGCUACACGAGAUGAUGGUCGCUCUCGCUAUUAACGAGUAACAUUCCCCAAUUUAUACCAGAUACUAACAGUAUAUAUGACAUUUUGUACAAAUUU